AUGUCACCUGAAGACAGAAGACCAGAGUGGCUGGUGAAGUUUUGGCGGGAAGCAGGGUCGGUGCUGGUGGCGUUAGGGUGGGGAGGAGGGGGAGCAGCAGGAGGAACCGCGCCGUCCGCUGUGGAUCCCAGGCGGUUGGGAUCGUACCUGAAAGCUCUUCGGAGUCAGACACGCGUGCUGCUGAAGCAGCUGCCUUUAUGGGAGCGAGCAGGAAUCGGAGCUGUGGCGGGGGGGCUGGCUGGCGGGUUCACGAACGCGACGCUGCAUCCGCUGGACACGGUGAAGACGAAGCUGCAGACAAAAGGCUCCUCGCUCGUCUAUUCCGGCCCAAUAGACGUGAUUCGUAAGGUAUCAGCAGCGCAGGGCAUCGGGGGGUUUUACCGCGGGUUGCCAGCGGCGUUCCUGGGGUCGGUGCUCUCGUCCUCCAUCUACUUCGGCACCUACGAGCUCGCCAAGGGCGGCCUCUCCAAAGACAUCACGCUCCCGCUGCCCUUCUCCGCACUUAGACGACUACCCACCAGCAGCAGGAGAAGCGGGGAGAGCAAGCAAGAUAGAAUCGGAGGGGGUAGUGGUAGUGGUAGUGGGGGGGGGGUUAGUUCUGUGUCGUCAUCGUCGUCAUCAGGGGUGGUGCUGUCGUGCCCGGUGGCGCUGGUGCCGCCUGUGGCGGCAGCUCUGGGGAACAUCACGAGCUCAGCGAUUCUGGUGCCCAAGGAAGUCAUCAAGCAGCGCAUGCAGGUGAGCGGUGCUGCGCGGUUGAGAGGGGUUGGGUGGAGAGCUGGCAAGGGUGGUGGAUGGGUGGCUGAAAGGGGUGGUGGGUGGAUGGGGGAUCUGCACGUUGAUGGUACUUUUGAGAAUUCUCAAAAGGAUCUGCACGUUGAUGGUACUUUUGAGAAUUCUCAAAAGGAUCUGCACGUUGAUGGUACUUUUGAGAAUUCUCAAAAGGAUCUGCACGUUGAUGGUACUUUUGAGAAUUCUCAAAAGGACCUGCACGUUGAUGGUACUUUUGAGAAUUCUCAAAAGGACCUGCACGUUGAUGGUACUUUUGAGAAUUCUCAAAAGGACCUGCACGUUGAUGGUACUUUUGAGAAUUCUCAAAAGGACCUGCACGUUGAUGGUACUUUUGAGAAUUCUCAAAAGGAUCUGCACGUUGAUGGUACUUUUGAGAAUUCUCAAAAGGACCUGCACGUUGAUGGUACUUUUGAGAAUUCUCAAAAGGACCUGCACGUUGAUGGUACUUUUGAGAAUUCUCAAAAGGACCUGCACGUUGAUGGUACUUUUGAGAAUUCUCAAAAGGAUCUGCACGUUGAUGGUACUUUUGAGAAUUCUCAAAAGGAUCUGCACGUUGAUGGUACUUUUGAGAAUUCUCAAAAGGAUCUGCACGUUGAUGGUACUUUUGAGAAUUCUCAAAAGGAUCUGCACGUUGAUGGUACUUUUGAGAAUUCUCAAAAGGAUCUGCACGUUGAUGGUACUUUUGAGAAUUCUCAAAAGGAUCUGCACGUUGAUGGUACUUUUGAGAAUUCUCAAAAGGAUCUGCACGUUGAUGGUACUUUUGAGAAUUCUCAAAAGGAUCUGCACGUUGAUGGUACUUUUGAGAAUUCUCAAAAGGAUCUGCACGUUGAUGGUACUUUUGAGAAUUCUCAAAAGGACCUGCACGUUGAUGGUACUUUUGAGAAUUCUCAAAAGGACCUGCACGUUGAUGGUACUUUUGAGAAUUCUCAAAAGGACCUGCACGUUGAUGGUACUUUUGAGAAUUCUCAAAAGGAUCUGCACGUUGAUGGUACUUUUGAGAAUUCUCAAAAGGAUCUGCACGUUGAUGGUACUUUUGAGAAUUCUCAAAAGGAUCUGCACGUUGAUGGUACUUUUGAGAAUUCUCAAAAGGAUCUGCACGUUGAUGGUACUUUUGAGAAUUCUCAAAAGGAUCUGCACGUUGAUGGUACUUUUGAGAAUUCUCAAAAGGAUCUGCACGUUGAUGGUACUUUUGAGAAUUCUCAAAAGGAUCUGCACGUUGAUGGUACUUUUGAGAAUUCUCAAAAGGAUCUGCACGUUGAUGGUACUUUUGAGAAUUCUCAAAAGGAUCUGCACGUUGAUGGUACUUUUGAGAAUUCUCAAAAGGAUCUGCACGUUGAUGGUACUUUUGAGAAUUCUCAAAAGGAUCUGCACGUUGAUGGAGCUUCUCUCACACGCUCAUUUCUGCCUACUGCUGUCCCGCACCCUGCUUCCCCACCCGCCCUUCCAUUCCCCCGCUCAUUUCUGUCUACUGCCAUCCCAUUCGCCCUGCUUCCCUCCCCUUGCUCACACCAGGCAGGAGCUGCGGGGUCGGUGUGGCAGGUGCUACAGCAGACAGUGGCGGGGGAGGGGGUGGCGGGGCUGUACAGCGGAUACACCGCUGCCCUCCUGCGCAACCUGCCCACCAACGUCCUCAACUUCUCCACCUUCGAGUAUCUCAAGAUGGCGAUACUUCAUGUGAGGCAUGCAACUGCUCUGCGGCCGCAUGAGAGCAUGGCAGCGGGAGCAGUGGCAGGGGCACUCUCAGCAGCACUCACCACGCCUCUGGACGUGGUCAAAACGCGCCUCAUGACCCAAGCGCGUGUAGCAGUGGCAGCAGCAGGCACCACAGGGGCAAAGGCAGAGGCAGCAGCUAAAGCUCAGGCGGCAGCUGCAUACACGUACAAAGGAGUGGCGUCGACACUGAGGCGUGUAUGCGAGGAGGAAGGUGUGAUUGGGUUGACCCGGGGCAUGACGCCACGCAUCCUGUACAACGCAGCGUUUUCAGCCAUUGGUUUCCUGGCCUUUGAAACGGCCCGAUCGGUCCUGUUGCAAGCGCACCUUGAACGGAAAGCCAGGAAGCAGCUUCAAGGGCAGGUGAAGGGUUUGUCGAGUGAUGAGCAAGCUGUGAAAGCCUGA